CAAAUGAUUCUCCAUCAGACAAGUAUAUAUAUUUGAUGGUGUCACUUGUGUGAUUGCUGGUGUUCACCUUCCAUUCUUCACCUAAUUUUAUCCAGGACUGGCUAGUAUAAAAAGAGGAGGAUGCUUUUCUACUCUCCUUCAGACGACAAGGCAUAGCUACGAGAAAGAAAGUCUCGUUGCAGAGAGGGAGAGGAAGCUCCCACCCACACCCCAAGAGGCAGCAUGGAGCGUGCAGGGGAAGACGACGACGCAGGGAGCGGAAGCAGCAGCAGGAGGAGGAGCAUGGGUGGAUCAGCUGAAGCAACGUCGACCAUGGCCGCCGGCGGCACGGCGGUCAAGCAGCACCAGGCACUGAGGCUCGUCGAGGACCUUUCCCUCCCUUCGGUGCAGGUGGUGGUGAUGAGCGCCAACAUGGGCUGCUCCCACUGCCGACAGCGGGUCACCAAGGUCGUCACCAAGAUGAACGCAGGGCUGCUGGAUUACAUGGUGGAUUUCGGGAAGAAGGAGGUGACGGUGAGGGGCACGGUGCUGCACACCAAGAAGAAGAAGAAAAGGAGGAAGCAGCAGCAGUACAUGAUCACUGGGCUGGAGAAGAUGCCGCCUCCUGCCAACGUGGGCGCCAGGACGCUGUCCUGGUUUUUGGGAUGCUACGGUUCAUAGCUAGUAGUACAAAGCAUAGUAGUAUACUUUUAUGUACAAGUAGUUGCUUAAUUGUUAUUAUGUGUUCUCUUUUUAGUUAUCUUUCUUCAUUAUAAUUUUUCCAUGGAAAUAAUGCAUGCUGGUAGAGUGGCAGUGGUAA